GAUGCUCUGAUGUCAAACCAUUGAUGCAGGUUGCUGUGUACACCUGUGAGGAUUGUGGCUUUGAAAUCUACCAGGAAGUAACAGCUAGAAUAUUCAUGCCCUUGUUUGAGUGUCCAUCAAGGCGUUGUGUCAUGAACAAGAGCAAGGGUAAUGUCAUCCUUCAACUGAGAGCAUCAAAGUUUUUGAGAUUUCAAGAGGCAAAAAUCCAAGAGUUAGCUGAACAUGUUCCAAAGGGUCAUAUUCCUCGAACAAUGAUUGUUCAUCUUAGGGGAGAACUCACUAGAAAGGUUUGCUAUUCCCUUCCAAUGGAACUGAACUAA